UCAUUAUCCUUUUUGAAAAUGAAGAAGGCAAUUAAAAAAUGGUUUCGAGGUUGGUGUUUUUUUUGCUUUGUGUGCUGCUGUAGCACCAACGAGACCAAAACCAGGACAAGAAAUGGAAGAAAACAACGAAAGAACAAAGAGACUGAAUUUAUUGAAUUGACAGACCUUGGGAAAAACACUUCAGUCAAUGGAUCAUGCAAACGAUCUGGCACAACAAAGAAGGAAGCACCUGAAACAUUGAAAAAUGACACUCCAACAUCAACAAGCAGCAAGAUCUCAAAUAAUACCUUGAACAAAGAGUCACCUGGUCACCUUUCUGUUGAGGACUGUAAGGCCCAGCCUUUUUACCCAACCAAACAUUCUCCGCAAAACGAGAACCCACUUAUUCUCCAGUCUGGUCCAUUGCUAGAUUGCACAGCUGAUCAUUGGCCAUACUUCCCUCCAAACCUCCUGCCCCCACCACCCCUGGAGCAAAAAACAACCAUGAACGAGAUCUUUGGAGAUCUCGCUCUGCUCCAGCCUGGUCAGUCCAUGGGAGAUGCCUGGAACACUUCAGACAUUAGAGCGGAAGACCCUCGUUGUCUGGAGGUUGUGAAAAACCUGACAGGCCUGUGGGGCAGCAGUGUGCAACGCCAGCCUCAUCCGACGUCACCAGCCAAUCACCUCAGCCCCGCCCUGAGCCAGUAUCUGGACUCCACCACCACACCGAUGAUCUUUGACCUCCAGAAACUGGGCCUGACCUCUGAUCUCAUGGAGGUGCCUGAGGAGAUGCUGUUUAUGGAGGUGUGGGACCUCGGUGAGGGCGCAGGGGACCAGCGCUAUAAGGCCAAGUGGGAAAUUACCGGGACCAACGGCAUUGUGCUAGACGAGGGCAUCUGGCUGCAGAACGAUGACAACUGGUGAAACCACACAUGAAAGACUAUCCUGUUGGGUGAACAAUUCCUCAUCUUACGAUUCAUAAGUGUGUGAAUACAUUAAAAGACUAUUCUUGC